UUCUACCAUCCUUAAUGAUUAACCGCGCCGUAGUUGCUCGAAUUCCACUAAUUUUUGGCGUUUUUGAAGUAGUUUUGUAUACAAAUGAUGAGGAUACCAAAGAACAUUUGGCGAUCUGUUAUGGGGGCCUCGAUAAAAUAAAAGGCUCGGAUAAUUUAUGCGUACGAGUACAUUCCGAGUGUUUUACUGGUGAGGUUCUUGGCAGCUGCAGGUGUGACUGCGGUGAACAACUCAGAACAGCGUUACACAAAAUUUCUCAAGAAGGAUGUGGUGUUUUAAUUUUUCUUCGUCAGGAAGGUAGAGGGAUUGGAUUAUUACAAAAGUUGAGAGCCUACAAUCUCCAGGAUUUAGGUUAUGACACCCUGGAAGCAAACUGUCUUUUGGGAUUUAAAUGUGAUGAACGAACAUAUGAGAUUGCCCGUUUCAUACUUAACGAUUUGGAGGUUAACUCUAUCCGUAUUAUGAGCAAUAAUCCUGCUAAAAUUGACUCACUAAGGCAACAGGGCGUGAAAGUUGUGGAUCAGAUUCCCACGAUUGCCACUAAAAUAACAGAAGAGACUCUUAAGUAUUUGACGACUAAAGUUGAGCGAAUGCACCAUUCUAUUAGCUUAGAGGAUUUAAGGCCAUUAAAGGAAGGAAAUAAGUCCUUGCAACGGAGCACUUUUACAAAGCAAUGUUUUAAUCACAACUCUAGCAAAUUCCCUACUCAUUUGGCGGAUUCAGAACUGUUGGAAGUUGGCAGUUCUUGCAAUGGCAGCACGGAUCCUGACAAGUCUUGUGUCUGCCAUUCGGGCAAUUCAAAAUUUCCCUUUAUCACGCUCUCCUAUGCGCAGAGUAUAGACGGCUCAAUUGCCUCUUCUGACCGGAGGCCGCUCGAUAUCAGCUGUCUCGAAUCUGCAAAGAUGACGCACAGUUUACGGGCAGCUCAUAGUGCUAUCCUGGUCGGAAUUAACACUGUUCUUUCCGAUAAUCCGCAGCUAACAGUUCGUUUAGUAACAGGGGAAAGUCCGCGACCUGUUGUGCUGGACUCUUUUUUAAAAAUACCACUUGAGUCCCACAUCUUAAGACGAGCUCCUAUAAUAUUCUGCUCUAAAAAUCACGAUAUUUCUAAAAAAAAGAUUCUUGAAAAAGUUGGGGCUACUGUGCUACCAGUCGUGCAGACUAACCGAUCACUGGAUCUACGUGAGAUCUUGGAGACGUUAAAAAAACUUGAGUUGCACUCUGUUAUGGUGGAGGGAGGCGCGACAGUCAUCGAAUCGUUCCUUGAGAGUAAGCUGGUAAAUAAGUGCGUCAUAACCAUCUCGCCCAGAUUUAUUGGAGGACUCAAAUCAGUUAAAAAGCCCCACGCCAAUCUGCCGAGACUAGUCAACGUGGCCUCUAGCCAGUACGGCAGCGAUACCGUGAUCGUUGGAAGGCCUGUAUGGUUAUAAAUCCUACCGCUUCCCACCACGUGGCAAAAGUAGCA